AUGGUGUGCGAGACCAAACGCAAGUGCGAGACCAAACGCAAGUGCGAGACCAAACGCAAGUGCGAGACCAAACGCAAGUGCGAGACCAAACGCAAGUGCGAGACCAAACGCAAGUGCGAGACCAAACGCAAGUGCGAGACCAAACGCAAGUGCGAGACCAAACGCAAGUGCGAGACCAAACGCAAGUGCGAGACCAAACGCAAGUGCGAGACCAAACGCAAGUGCGAGACCAAACGCAAGUGCGAGACCAAACGCAAGUGCGAGACCAAACGCAAGUGCGAGACCAAACGCAAGUGCGAGACCAAACGCAAGUGCGAGAACAAACGCAAGUGCGAGAACAAACGCAAGUGCGAGAACAAACGCAAGUGCGAGAACAAACGCAAGUGCGAGAACAAACGCAAGUGCGCGACAAACGCAAGUGCGAGAACAAACGCAGGUGCAUCUCACGCUGCGGAUUAA